CGUGAGGGAGGAGGUUGAGAUCUUGCUAUAAACCUCUGGAGAGGAGAGGGGGGGACAGUGGGAGGGAGAGCCAGUUGGGUAACAGCAGUGAAGAGGGACUCAGGUCGGGAGAGGGAAAGUUUUCGGCAGGGUCUUCCACAGGGGUGGUAGUGAUUUUUGACAGCCGGGAGUCAAUCCUCCAUAGGAUCCAGAGCCAUGGAGCCCUCCAUGUCGACCGAAGUCGAGGGGGAGCCCAAAGAGAGGAAGAAGAUCCAGUUUGCGGUUCCGGCGUCCGCGCCGACCAACCUGGACCCACGGCAGGUGGAGAUGAUCCGACGUAGGAGGCCCACACCCGCUACACUGUUCAGAGUAGCGGAUCAGACGUCUCCAGAAGACGAUCAGUCCACCCAUCAGUGGGUCGUCGGGGAAAAUGGUGUCCUCAAGCCAAAACGUGUCAAUCCACAUGUAUAUCAACCUCCAUCACUCAAAGCCGUGCAGAAGAUGGCUGAAGCUCAUUUGCAGCAUCUAGGUGUUUAUCCUCCUCUGGAAGACCCUUCUGAGGGCGAGGAGGAUGAGGACAACUGGCAGAGAGCGAAGGGAGAGGCUCAAGCUCCCGCCAAAGCUGCCGAUCACCAAGAAACAGCCGGCACUGAAGGGUCUGACAGGUUUUCCAGCGUGAGGGAGACGGGAAAGCCGAGCCAAGCUUCCCAGCUGGAGGUGGAGGAGCAGGAGGAGGACACAGUCAAGGAAACCACAGAGGAGAGCACGUGUGGGAGCAACUGAGUGACAGUCAGAGUGACGGGGAGGGAGACUGGGGGGCAAAGCAAACAUUCGCAGGAAAUGCUUGUGAUUGUGGAGGUGUUUUUGCGUCUUCAAAAUAGUUGGAAAAGUCAAACUGAAAGUACGAAUGCCAAAACAAGGGAGGGUGAAUCGAUAUAAUCCUCGAAUGAGAGGUGAGAGUCGACACUUUUUAAAGGAGUGGUAAAAAACUCACCAUGACCUCUGACCCUUUAAAGUCCAGUAUUCCUGUAGUUUCAAUAUGUUUCAUCUCGGAUUCAACUCUGAACGGAAGAGCAGUUUUUCGGAAGCUUUGCAUUAAUGAUUUAGUGACUCUUAGUGGUGGAAACGUGUAAAGACACUCCAGUCUAUUUUUGAUACCCUCAACUCACUUAAAUCAGGAUUAUUCGCAUUUUUAAAAAUAAAACAUACCCGCAUUAUAUUGACAAAAAUAAUAUUAAUAACAUUAUCAACUAAGCGUAGCAGGAAACGGCUGUUAAAACUAUUUUUUAGCCGAUAAACUAUCUUGCGACGAUGCGUUCAAUACUGUAGACAAUUUGGAUGACUACCCCCAUAGUCUCAAGACUAUUUUCAGAUUUAAUUGUCUCAACAAAUGUCAUUAUACAUUCUAUAUAUUUGGUCAAACUUGAACUUCAUCUGAAAAGCAGACCGCUUGGUAUUGAAUGUGCAAACCAAAACGUAUUUCAUUACAUUCUUUUUCACGUUUAGUGCUUCUUUUCCAAUAUUUUACAUACAUUAAAAAUACAAUAUAAGAUCUUUUUUCAUAGAGCCCCAAAAUCUUUAUGAGAGUAUUGAUAUUUAGUCAACAAUGAAUUAAUCUUUUCGUGAGCUAUGGACUGUAAAGGCUUACAACAGGUGUUUCUGAGCACAAACGUAUUCUAAACCGACUGGGCCAGGCAGUUCACUGAUAAAGAGCAAAGGAAGCUACCUCUGAUUUAACUACCAACAAUGUUGUGAACAGACAUCUCAUUCAGGGGGACGAAUUCACUUUAAUUUGAGAAACAUAAAUGAUGUUUCAUUUGAAAUCCCGCUCUAUUUACCAGCUCUCUCAUGAUGUUAUUGUUCUGUGGUGCGGGUUUGGCAACAGUGAGUCGGAAGACAGACACCUUUUCUGUAGAUAAGAACUGUACUCUCGCGAUCAUUUCGCAAUUUAUUUUCUUUUUUUCAGUCUUGAUCAUUGUCGUUCUCUAAUCUCAGUCUUUGUCAGAAUGACAGCAAAGGUUCUGCGUAAUUGAUCUCUCCGAUCUGAGUUGCUGUUGAAACGACAACUGUGUUGGAAAGUGUGCGAGUGUGUGUGUGUGUGUGUGUGCAGGAGUGCGAGUACCUUUCCUCUCCCAGUCCACCCCCUCUGAUCAAAACCAACCGAAGAUAAGACAUGUAUGAACUGGUAACUGUCUUCUUUUAUUUUCCUACCUAAACUGUUUUUAAAUGUGACGUGUUUGUUUUCAAGUGACCAACAUUGCAAGAUUAUAAUAAACGGUUUCUCCUUUGA